AUGUUAUACUCCGGCUCCAUUAAGAUACGGGUGAUUGAGGCGCGGGGCCUGCGGCCAACAGAAUGGAGCAAGAGAUUCUCCACGCAGUCCGAAUCGCAGGGGAUCGACGCGUAUGUUAAUGUCGACUGGGAUGAGUACCACAUCGGGCGGACGAACGUGCGCAGCAAGACAUGCGCACCGGCCUGGAAUGAGGAGUUUCCUACCGCCGAAGUCCACUCGGGCCGCGCGGUCGGCUUCACGAUUUUCCACAACUGCGUGAUGCCGCCCGACGAUUUUGUCGCCAACUGCCGCGUCCAGUUCGAUCAGCUCAAAGCCGAGGCGCUCAACGACUUUUGGGUUGACUUGGAACCACACGGACAACUCCACGUCGCCAUCGAAUUGAAGGGGACGCUCGUUCAAGGU